AAGAGAAGAGAUCUAUGCAACUCGCAAUGUCAAGUACCAAGAUGAAAAGCCUCUUGAAAGGGCUCCGAUACAUAUCUCAAGUGUUUGCAAUAGAAGGUGAUAAGGAACAAGAGAUGCAAAUUGGAAAUCCAACGGACGUAAAGCAUGUUGCCCACAUUGGUUGGGAUGGACCGUCUGAUAAUGCCACUGCACCUAGCUGGAUGAACGAUUUCAAGAGUUCUCCGGGGAUGGAAACAAGUCAAGGAUUUGGAGAAGACGACUCCUCGGUGAAAUGUCAAUCAGAGUACGGUGGUCAGUCCAGAGAUUUACCAAAACUACCAAAAUCCACAAGAAAAUCAUCGUCAGAGAAAGGUUCUCCUACGAAAGAGAGAUCAGACAAGACCAAGCGUCGGACUUCAAACAAAGGCACAUCAUCGUCUAGGAGAAAUAAGGAGGAAGACACUUCUUGGUCACAACAAAGUGCUGGAUUACCGGAGAUGCCAAAGAAGUCAAAGAGGAAGAAAGCUAAAGAAGGUGGUAAUGGAGGGUCAUCGAGAUCAUCUCGAAGAUCAGAAGCCGAUAAAAUGUCGGAUUAUAUGUCUGAUACUGGUUCCAUUAGAUCUAUGCCUCAAUUUGAAGAUGACAGAAACGGGUUUUGAUUUCCCUUUUUUCAUGAAAGAACAAAUUUAAGUUUUGUAAUAGUAAAGAAAUGUUAUAAAAACUGUUGAAGAUAAUCCAAAGUAAAUUCAU